AGAGGUUUCUAUAUCCAGCUGUCAGUACCCGUCCCGCUGGACAGCUCGCCAUUUACAUCCCGUUCCAUAUCCUCGGCCACAACACCAUCAUUACCAGACAGUACCUCCUUCCUCUGGAGUUGAGUCCAAUCUUUACCGACCAGAAUAAAAGGAGAAUCUGAUCGCUUGCCACGAUCUGAGGUGCUUGCAUCCAGUACAUAGCCAGUCGGAAAGGAAGGGAAGGAAGACUAAGUCUGCCAUCAUUAUCAAGGUUUGCCAUCCCACGGACCCAACCGUUCCAUUCAAUCAUACCACUCCGUCGAAAGACCAAGCUCGCUGGAGACUUGAUAAGGUCUGACAUUGAAUUGAUCCAGUCGAGGGCCAGCGGCCCACCCGAUCCGAUCAACUGCCCAAUCCCACCAGCACGUUCCCGUCAGGACCAAUCGUACCUCGCAAGCAAACAUGCUCACAUCAUCACCACCACGCAGGGCAUCACCCACUUCAACAUCCCUCCGCAUACCCCACCUCCUGCUACUGUUGGUGGUGCUUCUCCUGAUCACUUCACCAUCCGCCGCAGCCGACUGCGACUGCGGCUACCGCAUAAAACAGACGGGGCAGCUAUUCACCCACCAAUCGGCGGUGACCUUCAACACCUCGGCGAACUCCUCAACCGCGCUGGGCAGCGAGUGGGAAGUUCAAGGGUGGCGAGUACCAGCCAACACGACACUGGGCACGAUUCCGCGGCAGAACCGGGCCGCAAACGUGUGGGUCGCGGACAGCAAGCUGCACCUUCGCCAGCGGGCCUGGCGGGAGGGCGAGGACGUGAGUAUCGCCGAGAUACAUACCGGCCGUGACGACAUCCUGUACGGCAGCUUUAGGAUCCGGAGUACGGUCGUGCAGCCGCAGGCGGCCACCGGCGGUGCGGUCGCGGGAUUCUUCUUUUAUCGUGACGAUGUUACUGAGACCGAUAUCGAGAUCAUCACCAAGGACGGGAAUAGCUCCAAGACGGUGCAUUACAUAAAUCAUCCAACGUACAACGUCGAGACGGACACCCUGAUCCCCGGCACGUCGUUCACGGAGCCCCUCGACAAGCCAUGGACGGAAAUGCAAUGGCACCGGUUCGACUGGGGACGGAAUUCGACCUCGUUCUACCAAGACAACGUCUUUAAGCGUCAAAUCAGCAAGAAUGUUCCGGACGAGCCCGGGAAAAUCAUGAUCAACAUCUGGGCCAACAACGGCUCGUGGUCCGGACCGCCGUCCAGCAGAGAUGUCACCCUGCAGAUCGAGCAAAUACGCCUGUAUUUCAACACUACCACCAGCAACGCAGGCCAGGACGAGCAGUUCAAUGCGCAGUGUGCGCAAGCGAAGAACGACGACAAAGCUGUGUGUGACGUCGAAGACGAAAAUGAGCCCGCCGGUACGGGUGAGAAUGGUAGUUCGAGCGGCAGAUUAUCCGCGGGGGGGUGGUGGAUGGCAUUAGUGGCCGUCGUAGUCGUCGUGUCAGCAGCAUGGGUAUAAUCCGGCCGGCGUAAUCCGGCCGGCAAAAGCCGGUGGCUUUUAUGUAAACGAGUCGUACGACGAAAUGCGGGGAUCGAGCUUCAUGGUGGGGGGAGAGGGAG